AAUGACCACAUUCACAAGGUUCCGGGUCUCGACCCGGACGAAAUGGACCGUGUCUUAAACCAAACCUUCCAGAGGUACACCACCUCCUCUUCUAUCAAGAGAACCGGCAAUGGUGUCGCCAUUGUUUGGUUUCGCAACGAUCUCAGGGUUCUCGACAAUGAGGCUCUCUAUAAGGCUUGGCUCUCCUCCCAGCAGGUUUUGCCUGUCUAUUGCGUUGAUCCCAGGCUCUUUGGUUCCACCUAUCACUUUGGUUUCCCUAAAACUGGAGCGUUGAGAGCGCAGUUUCUUGUUGAAUCCUUGGAUGACUUGAGGAAGAAUCUAACGAAGCGGGGUCUUAACUUGCUUAUUCAACAUGGGAAGCCUGAGGAGGUUCUGCCUUCUCUUGCAGAAACAUAUGGAGCUCACACAGUAUAUGCCCAAAAAGAAACUUGCAGUGAGGAGCUGCGUGUCGAAAGAUUGGUCAGCAAAGGUCUGAGGCGAGUGGUGUUACAGAGUCCUGUGAAUAAUCCCAAGCUACAACUUAUAUGGGGCACCACUAUGUACCAUAUAGAUGACCUCCCGUUUGAUACAAGUAGUUUACCGGAUGUCUAUACUCAGUUUCGCAAGUCUGUUGAAGCGAAAUGCACAGUUCGUGGCUGCAUUAGAAUGCCAGCAUCUCUAGGUCCAACACCCACCAUUGGGGAUUGGGGAUGUGUUCCUUCAUUAGAUCAGUUCGGACUUCAACAUCAAAAUGUAAGCCUAGGAAUGAAGUUUGUUGGGGGUGAAAGUGCAGCAUUGGGCAGAUUAAAUGAGUAUUUCUGGAAGAAGGAUCUGCUAAGUAUAUAUAAAAAGACCAGAAAUGGGAUGUUAGGACCUGAUUAUUCGACAAAAUUUUCUCCCUGGCUUGCUUCAGGAAGCCUUUCUCCUCGUCUCAUACACGAAGAGGUAACGAGGUAUGAAAAAGAAAGGCAAGCAAAUGAUUCCACAUACUGGGUAUUGUUCGAAUUGAUAUGGAGGGAUUACUUCAGGUUUCUAUCUGUAAAAUAUGGGAAUUCUCUUUUCCAUUCAGGUGGCCCAAGAAAAUUGGAGCAUAGAUGGAGCCAAGAAAAGACUUUUGAGUCCUGGAGAGAUGGCCAGACAGGGUACCCACUCAUAGAUGCGAACAUGAAAGAGCUUUCAAUCACUGGAUUCAUGUCAAAUCGGGGAAGACAGAUUGUAUGUUCGUUUCUGGUUCGAGAUAUGGGUAUUGACUGGCGCAUGGGAGCUGAAUGGUUUGAGACAUGCCUGUUGGAUUAUGACCCUUGUUCCAAUUAUGGUAAUUGGACCUAUGGAGCAGGAGUUGGAAAUGACCCCAGGGAAGAUCGUUACUUCAGCAUUCCAAAACAAGCACAGAAUUAUGAUCCUGAAGGCGAGUAUGUGGCGUACUGGCUCCCACAGCUGAAGUCACUUCCAAAAGAGAAAAGGCACUUCCCUGGAAUGGCAUAUAUCAAGCAGGUUGUCCCUCUCAAGUUUGGUAAUGCCGGUAAGUACCAAAACCACAGCAAAGCCUCGACUGCCAGAGGCACAAACUUUGGAGGAAGACAAACAAAAGGGUCCAGGAGAUGAAGAUGUGAAGAAGUGAAGAAGGAAUGAUACCGCAUACUACCUUAUAGGAGGGUUUCUUCUUUAAUUUCCAUUUCUGAAUUUUGGAGUAGGUUCACAUA